UUUUUCCGUCUUCGUUCACUCGCGUGUGUGUGUUGGCUCGGCGUGUUGUAUUCAACCCCCCUGGCGGUCACUACGUCGUAGUACAUUUCGGCUAUCGUCGUCCGUGUGUGUGUAUGUGUGUGUGUAUGUGGUUGGUAGACGUUUUGAACUUGUGUGCAGACAAAAACAGCCGAAAUUCUUGUGCCCGCGCGCACAGAGUCCUUCGUUUUUUGACUAUUCGUUCAACAACUUUUAACUGACUUGAUUGGUGUGUGUUUGUUUCCUGUGACGCCAUCGACGAAGAAUUACUAGCCGAAAAAAAGUGAUGGACGCUAUGGCAGGGAGACGCACAUUGGGGGUGAAACAAAACUUUGGACGAGGGGGGAGUUCAAGACCGGAAGCGCGUCCCUCCCUCCCUCCCUCGUGUGUGUGUACGUGUGGUGAGGAGUAGCCAUCUGCUCCUUUUUUUUUCCCUCACACACACACACACACACACGUUCAGCUGCCAUGUUGGUUUCAUUCGUCGUAGGCCUUUGGGGUACGUCGUCGUCCACCAAGUAGUCGGAACACCACCCACCAGCCCUCCCGAUGGCGCUACUUGAUUGACUACUAACCCCCCCCUCCAGCCGACGCCUUUCCCGACCUUUUAAUGAUGGGAGCUGGUGGCGCGUGUGAUUUUAGAAACGCUGCGUUCGAUUCCCGUUCCCGAUGUUCAUCACGACCUACGCCGAGUGUUGGCCAUCAUCUCACGCCUGGGCGAAGAUUCAGAGCCUUCAGUUCGGGCUGAGCUGAUGGAGCAGGUGCCCCACGUGGCCAUGUAUUGCCACGAAGAGAAAGAUGAACACCAAUGGAUGCACUUGGUCCCUUCGUUUUUACUUCCUUUGGUCGUCCGCUACCUCACCGACGUCAACAAUCAGGUUCGUAAAACAGCUCAGGCCGCCCUUUUGGUGCUUCUCGAACAAGAACUUGUGGCUCACAACGACGUCGAAGAUCAAGUCUGUCCACUUUUGCUCAUGUUGACCAAUUCGGACGCUCACGAUGAUUUCCGGACAGAAGCCGCAGCUUUGAUGUGUCGGAUGGCACCGCUGCUGGGCGGUGACCUGUCGCGCCGUGUUUUCCUCGAAAGAUUUGCCGCUCUGUCGGCAGACGGCCUCUUUCACGUCCGCAAGAUCUGCGCUGCCAAUUUCGGAGAGUUUUGUGCGGUCGUCGGUCAAGAGGUCACCGAGUCCAUUCUGUUGGACAAGUUUUAUGCACUGUGCCAAGAUGAGCUGUGGGGUGUUCGUAAAGCCUGCGCCGAAGUCUUCAUGAGCCUAUCGCGAGUCGUCUCGGCCAGCAAGAGACGCAACGACCUGGGCAGUCUCUUUGUCAACCUCCUUCAAGACGAGUCGCGUUGGGUUCGAAUGGCCGCCUUCCAGGCCCUGGGUCCUUUUAUUUCCACCUUUUCACGGAUGGAAACGGAACGCGAAUCGACUUCGACUUCACUGUCGUCGUCGUCGGCCACGGUCGAAACAGCCGAAGCCGAGCCGGUCGAAUCGGAUUUUAAUUCUUUUUAUUUCUGGAGAGACCCUCUACCGCAAUUGAAUUUGAUGCAACCUCCAACCACCACCAACAACCAAGGCGAUCCGCCGCAGCCUCUUGUCUCAUCCGAGGCAUCAAACAACGAAGAGUCGGUCUCGGAUAGCGUCGAAAAGGCACUAGAGGAUUUGAUGGCUCGUGUCGAGUUGGGCGGCGGAACAACAACAGUCGAAGCUGCCGCUGCAACAACUCAACCAGCAUCCGGUGAACUGGUUCCCGAGCCAGUUCACGCCUUUGACUUGAGGAGAGUAGCCUGUCAGGAAUUAUUAGGAGCUCCGGUGACUGCCAGCAGCAGUGGUAACAUCGUCAGCUCACCACCCAAUGCCGCCGCAGAUGAGGGAACCAACGAUUUGUCGGCCGAGUCUAAACCGACGGCCGACGGCUCGGUCCAGCCGACGUUACUCUCCUCUAGUGUCACUACCUCUUUGGCGACCGUCAUGUCGUCGGCUUCGUCUCUGUUUCAACCCAAUCUUCUUUUACCACCCGCCUACGUCAAGAGCAACGCCACCACGACGACCAGUGCCACUAGCAGCAGCAGCAACGACUUGUCCACCACCACCGUCUAUUCAAAUUCAUUUUGCCCCUAUUAUUCACCGCGACGGCGGUCGGAUGGCGGCAGCAUGAGCGGCGGGGGCCUCAUCGAGGCCGGCCGCUCGCGACCCUACAGUCCCUACGGCUCGUCUUCCAAGCGCUCGUCCAUCACCCUCAGUCAAUCGGUUGUGCCGCAAAAUCUGAUGGACUAUUACCUGCAGAUGACGGACCCUUAUUACGUGGAGACGGUCGACGCCGAGAUCACUCGCCAUUGCGCCUACAGCUUGCCGGCCGUCGUCUGCACGCUGGGCAAGGAGCACUGGCCGCUGCUGCGCGAUCUCUACACGACGCUGGCCUCGGACAUGCAGUGGAAGGUGCGCAGGACUCUGGCGUCGAGCAUCCACGAGAUUGGCGCCAUUUUAGGCCAAGAGGUGGUGACGCAGGACUUGUUGCCCGUCUUUGAUGGUUUCAUCAAAGACCUGGACGAGGUCCGUGUCGGCGUUUUGAAGCACUUGAGCGAUUUCCUUGGCUUGCUGGCCGAGAAGGAGCGCCGGAGUUAUCUGCCUCGCUUGGCCGAGUUCCUCAAGCUGGAUAACGAACAGAAUUGGCGCUUCCGUCAAGAGUUGGCCCUGCAACUGCAGUCGGUAGUGGCUCUCUUUUCGCCCGCCGACAGCGCUCAAUCCAUCUUGCCACUAGCCUUGACUCUGGCGUCGGAUCGCGUAGCCGCCGUCCGUCUCCCUGCCUUCACACUCGUUAGUCAAAUAAUGAAGCAGGUGUCGGAAAACAGCUGGGCCGACGAUGCCGAAUCGAUGCUCACUCCUCUUCUUGCCGACCUAACGACUCGUUUCUGCUCCGGCAAUCGCUGGAUGCUCCGCCAGAGCUACGUCAACAUCUGCAACCAGCUGGUGACGGACCGCGCUUUGCCGCUGGAAGAGUUUGGUAAACUUCUUCUGGCACCUUUGCUGGCGCUCAAACAAGACCGCGUGCCCAACGUCCGGCUCGUCUUGGCCAGAGUCAUCAAUUUCCAGCUCAAAUAUCACGAGUUUUUCGCUGGAUCAGACAGUCCGUACCGGGAAUCGCUGGACGAGACGCUCAAUCAACUGUCGGCCGAUGAGGAUCGUGACGUUUCGUACUACGCCACAGUCAAACGGAAUCAGACGCAAAUCAAUUCAUUGGAUCUUCCGACGGAGGACAACAACAUUGCGUGAUAGCCCCAAUUCAAAGAAUACAAACAAAACAAACUGUACACAUUCACACACAUUUGAUUCUUUUUGCAUGAUGCCAACACAACGAAAAAACAAAACUUGUCGACUCCUCCCUUCCAUCCUUUUUCCCUCCUCACCUCUUCUCUUAUCAUCUUUGAUCUCUUUCGUUUUUUAAAUAAUCAGUUCCCCCACUAACAUAAGGGAGCUCCCCCCCCCC